AUAAUUUGUAGGUGGCUAAGAAAGUUCACACAUCACUCUUGCAUAUAUUAUGUUAUUUCAAACUUUCACCAAACAUGAACCACAUGAAAUGAGUAGGUCUGCCAUUAACUCUAACAUAAACCAAUAUGAACUUUCAUUUCAUUCUCACUUGUUGGUCAACCAUUAACCUAUUUACUUUAAUUAAACAAGUAUUAAUCAAGAUUGUUUUUACAUGUAUUACGACAUAUUUACGUUCUUUUUCUUUUGCUUCUUGUCUAAGUCUAAAGUCUCUUCCAAUUUGACGGCUGCAUUAUUUUUUUCCAACCUCCCCUUUUAACCUAAGCUUUUAUAUAAAUACUAAGGUCCAUUUUAAAAUUCAAAUACAUACAAACAAUCUCUCAAACACAUUCCAAACUCUCUAAUUAAUAACUUAAUCAAGAAGCAAUGUUUGAGCUUGGAAAUUUGUUACUACUUUCAUUACUACUCAUCCUAUCCUUUGCUCUUAUACUCUACAUUAGUAAAUCAUCCUCGUUACGAACAACAUGGGCUAAUGAUCACCCCAAAUCAUACCCUAUAAUCGGUCAUUUGUUCGCAGCCCUCGAACAAAAGGAUAGGUUCCAAUGGCUUACAAAGCUCUUAAUCGAUUUUCCGACUUCCACCUUCAUCUUCCACCGUCCUUUUGGUGUUAAAAGUAUACAAACCGCGGAUCCUGCAGUUGUCGAACACAUUCUCAAAACUCGCUUUCAAAUCUACCAAAAAGGCCCUUUUCAAAAGAGUGUUCUUAGGGACCUUUUAGGUGAUGGAAUUUUUAAUGCUGAUGGUGAGACUUGGAAGUUCCAAAGACAAGUUGCUAGCUAUGAAUUCAACACUAAAUCGCUCCGUAAAUUUGUAGAAGAUGUCGUUGAACACGAGCUUUCAAACCGGCUUCUGCCAAUGCUAUCAGAGGCUGCUAAGAAUGGGACAAUUCUUGAUCUCCAAAACAUACUCCGAAGAUUUGCUUUUGACAAUAUUUGCAAGAUUGGUUUUGGGUAUGAUCCUGAGUAUUUAUCACCUUCUUUACCAGAAGCGAAAUUUGCAGCAGCAUUCGAAGAAGCUGUAACAAUCAGUACCAGCAGAUUCCAAGCCUUAUUUCCUGUCCUAUGGAAAAUUACCAGGUUUCUAAAUAUCGGGUCUGAAAAAAGGCUUAAGCAAGCUGUAGUGGAGAUUCGAGGAUUUGCUAACUCCCUUGUUCGAAAGAAGAAACAAGAAAUGAUGAGAAAUACAUCAGACAUGUCGUCGAAGAAACCAGAAACAGAGGAUUUGCUGUCAAGGUUCUUAAAAUCAGGGUAUUCUGACGAAAAAUUUGUUACAGAUAUUGUUAUAAGUUUUAUUCUAGCAGGACGAGACACAACAUCAGCUGCAUUAACAUGGUUCUUCUGGCUACUUAACAAGAACGAAUCAGUCGAGGAAGAAAUAGUCAACGAAAUAAAACAAUUGAGUAAACAGAAGAAAGAUCAUUCUUCUGUUUUCGAGGAAGUUAAAGACAUGGUUUACAUCCAUGCUGCAUUGUGUGAGAGCAUGAGGUUGUACCCACCUGUCGCGGUUGACCUCAAAGAAGCUGUAAUGGAUGAUAUGUUGCCAGGUGAGAUACCGAUAACGAAGGGUACUAGGGUGAGUUACCACCCUUAUGCUAUGGGGAGAUUGGAGAAGUUGUGGGGUGCAAAUUGGGCUGAUUAUAAGCCAGAGAGGUGGCUAGAAGUGGAGAGGUUCGAGGGGAAUAAUGUAAGAAGAAGGUUUGUACCUCGUGAUCCUUAUUUGUACCCGGUGUUUCAAGCCGGGCCUAGGAUAUGUCUAGGAAAAGAAAUGGCAUUCUUGCAAAUGAAGAGGGUGGUGGCUGGUGUAUUGGAGAGGUUUCGAGUGAUUCCUGUGGUUGGAGAAGGGUUCGAGCCUGUGUAUGUUCCUCAAUUGACGGCGAAGAUGCAAGGUGGUUUGCCGGUAAGGAUUCAAGAAAGAAUAUAAAUUUUAGUGACUUCAUUGCAUUGUAACAAAAAUAUGCAAGGUGCAGUUCUAAGGAAUGUACAAGUUGCAUGAAGCUUAAGUCAUGAAAAUGCAGAUAUUGUGUAUGAUUGAUUUGGUUGAGGCAGAGUUGGUGGAUUUUGAGUUUUGAAGAUGGAUUACUUUUUACAAGGAAUUUGUUAAGAAAGAAUCAUUUUCAGUACUUGUAAUUAUAUAAGAAUUAAUUUAGUUUGGUUUGAUUAAAUGAUGUUUGAGUACUUGUACAUAUAAAACUAAAUGCACUUUUUAUAAUUUAAUUUUAAAUUAGUUCGAUUGAGACUUAUUUAAUCAAGUCAUUCUUGUAUGCAAUGUCAUCGAUGACGUACCUGCUUUUCUCCUCUAAAUAAAGAACUAACGCCUGCUUGACUGCUUUCAAAAACAACGUAUGUAGCACCUUCUACCAUAAAUUAUAUCCAAUGACUUACAUUUUCAAUUGCAACCUUUUUUUAUGGUACAAGUAUUCGUAACAUCUAAAUAAUUCAAUAAUGUAAAUAGUACGAAGUAUUUAU